GCUGAAGAAGAUGGUUACUCUGAGGUCAGACUGAAUCCAGACUCAUUAGACACAGAGCUAUAUUUGUCUAAAGAUGACAUAAAGCACAUUAAGCCUCCAUCAAGCUUCACCCCUCAAGUACAAACUGAAUCCACACACAUCUCCUACAGGUUCAGGUGUGCUGGUCCAGGUGUGUUCCAGUGUACUCUGACCAGACUAGUGUUUGUUAUGGCUCAGGAGGCAGAGCUGUUGUACAGGACUGUCCAAUGGGAUGAGAGCCUCCUUCAAUCAGCUGGAAAAACAGCUGCAGGGCCGCUGUUUAACAUCACAUGCUCUGUGGAUGCAGUCUGGGAGCUCCACCUGCCACACUGUGAAACAAAGGAGGCGCUGUGUGUUGAUGGCCUGCUGUCUGUUGCCCACAUCUCUGAUGAUGGGAUGAGCAUCUUGGAGCCGCUGGAGAUCACUGCCACCCAUGUGGUUGUGAAGGUUCCUCACCUCUCUGGGUGGGGCGUCAUCUGGGAUGAUUUUAAGCGGCUCCUGAACAUAACAGUAAAUGGCCAAGUUCUGCUGUUCUUCCGACCUUCAGAGCCUGCAAGAAUCAAUGUGUUUCUACUCCAGGAAAAUAUCCCAUUGUCAGAGGUGUCUGCCCAACAACACGAUGAUGCUGAAUACCUCCAGACCCCUGCUGACUGUCUUUUCAGCUUCGUUCAAAGGUACAGUGUCCACUGUGAGCCUGAGAGCAGGAUAAUACAGCCGAAGCAAACACAGUUUCGCUCAAAGUCUGGCCCAAAUUACCAUCCAACAUUUCAAGUUUUCCUGAAUACAAAUUCAGGGUUUGUGAGUCUGAUAGUCAAAGACCAAGAGGGGAAUGAAAUCUGGAAAUCAUCUGUUUGCCUGCCAGCACCAAGAACAGAAACCUUAAUGAGAAAUGUCCCAGAUGAGUCCGGAGUCCCAGCAGACGAGAGGCUGUUCACAGUUCGCUUACAGUUUAUUGGUAGAGUGUCUGAACCUGUUUUAAACAAACUUCUGGAUAAACUCCUGGAGAAGCAUAUUAUCAAUGAUCAGGAGAUGGAAUCAGUCAGAUCACAGCAGAGCAAAGCAGAUAAAGCACAAGAGGUUAUUGACACAGUGCGACGAAAAGGAAGUAUAGCCUCCUCUCUCCUGAUCGCUACUCUCUGUGAGGAGGAUCCAUGCCUUUUCACAGAGCUGAACUUAAGAUAA